AAAGCAAUUGAGCUUGUAUAUGGUGGAUGGGAGGGGUCAUUCAGACAACUUCCCAGCUACCUGACUGAGUUGCAAAGUCAAAAUGUUGGGACAAUCGUUGAGUGGUUUCAUGACCCUAUAUUGAGUCAAGGUAAUAAGAAGGUGUUCCGCUAUGUAUUUUGGGCAUUUGGGCCAUCUAUAGAGGCGUUCCAACUAGCAAAGCCGGUUUUAUCAGUUGAUGGGACUCACCUGCGUGGAAGACUGAGAGGUAAAUUACUUGCUGCAGUUGGUUACGAUGCAAAUAAGAACUGUUUGCCUGUUGCUUUUGCUGUUGUUGAUGAAGAAACCAAUGAGAGUUGGAUUUGGUUUUUGAAUCUUGUCAAAGUGCAUAUUAUAAAGCAAGACCAGGAAGUGUGCAUAAUAUCAAACAGACAUCAAGACAUUAUAAAUGCCAUGCAGUCCGAUGUGUGGAAAGAGGUACCAGUUGGUUAUCACCGAUAUUGUUUAGUGCACGUCAGAUCGAAUGUGUUACAAAGACACAAAGGCCCCGGAGUGAGGAAAUGGGUAUGGAAAAUGGGUGAAGCAACUGAGGAGCGGAGAUAUUGGCAUGCGAGACGUGAAUUAGAAAAGUUGAGUCCAGAAGCUUUGAGGUACCUCGAAACCACCAUAGAUAGGUCGUAGUGGACUAUGGCGCACGACGAAUUUCGUCGAUGGGGUGAGACAUGUACUAACAUGGCCGAGUGUUAUAACAAUGUGUUGUUAUCUACGAGAGAACUGCCAAUUAGAGCCAUUAUUGAUAUUACAUUCUGGAGGACCAUCAAUUGGUUUGUUAACAGAACGACUCUAGCCAAACAAUGUCAGACGCCUUUGACACCGUGGGCUUGGCAGUUAUUUCAGAAGAAUGACCGUCGAGGGAGACGUCACCAUGUGAAGUCUACAAGCAUAACAGUUGGAACUUAUGAGGUGCUAACCUUUCAUAGAGGUCCGGGUAGAGGCCAUAAUAUACAUGUAGUGGAUUAUCGUGAAAAGAAAUGCUCAUGUGGAAAGUGGCAGACUUGGAGAAUGCCUUGCUCUCACGCUGUUGCGGUGCUGCGAGAACGCAGUGAUGACAUCUUUAGUCAUGUUGAUGCCCGAUACCAUACACAGGUUUGGAUUCACCAGUAUGCAGGUGCGUUCCGUCCAUUGAGACACCAAGAUUAUUGGUAUGAACCUGAAUGGACGUUGGAAUUUCCGCCAGCACGGCUACUUCCUCGAUCACGUGGUCGGUACAGAAAGGGCAAGAUAGAGAACCAAAUGGAUGAGAGCGAUGAAGAUCAGCCAAGACCUCCUCCUCGAUGCCGCCUUUGUGGAGAGACCGGCCACAAUAGAAGAAAGUGCACUUUAGGACGUGUGGUGUAGUCAUAUUAUGUUUGAAAUCAUGUUUAAGACUUGACUUAUUAUCUUUGAGAAUUGUGUUUAAGAUUUGACUUAUUAUGUUUGAGACUUGUGUUUAAGACUUGACUUAUUAUGUUUGA